UCAGUUGACGUUUAAAUCACUUCCGUUCGUUUUUCUGUACACAAUGGCUGUUUGCGUUGCUGUUAUCGGAAAAGAUAAUUCUCCCCUCUACAUUGGUGGAAUUGGAAAUGACAGCAGCACAGAAAACGAACUCUCGCGGCAGUGGUUAGUUCACACUGCUCUGGAUGCUUUAGAAGAAAGACUGACUACAACCAGUGGCAAUAAUACAAAUACCAGUACUAACGCAACGCGAACAGAUUUACGAGACCUUUACCUUGGGCUGUUAUAUUCUACAGAUACACAUAAAAUAUACGGCUAUGUCACGAACACUAAGAUAAAAUUGGUUCUUGUGACUAGUUCUACUUCUCCGAGCGGAAGUAACAUCAGGGAUGCUGAAGUCAGAACAGCUUUACGUAGACUUCAUGCUCUAUAUGCCGAUGCUAUUUGUAACCCAUUCCAUUUGCCUGGCGAUCAAAUAGUGUCACAGAAAUUCGACAAGCAAGUAAAAAGUCUAAUGAUGAAUAAUGUUUAAAGAUUUCAGAUGUAUUUAACUGAAAUGUAGUAGUUUGUCCACUUGGGCUACGACAUUAUUUUAAUUUCUCAAUUAUUAUGAAUUAAGUUUGUAUCGCUAGCAUGUAAUGCAAAAGAACGAGUAUGUUAUUUUUCUUCAAUGUAAACUAUUGUAUAUUGUUUGUGAUAUUAUCCCAAUAAAUUAUUAUUAAAUCUA